CGUGAGUAUUCGUGCAUUUCCGUUUCCGAAAGGUCUAAAAGAGUAGAGGUGUUGGAAAAUUUGUUCGUAACUGGAAUUCGAUGUGUUAACUAGAAGUGGACUCUAAGUAAAUAACAAUUAUUGUGAUUGGAACAGUGUGUUGAUAAUAAGCGGUGAAAGAUGUACGGAACAACAAUAGUAAAAUAAAGAUACUGGGAUAGCUGCAGAUGACAGCGUGUAGAGGUCUAACUGAAUGAUACGUAAGUUCACAGGGUUACAAUGCAUCGGAGAGUAGGGCACAGUACUUACGAUGGCAAGAUUGCUGGCCUUUAUGAUAUGGAGGAGACACUUGGACGGGGUCAUUUUGCCGUUGUCAAACUUGCUCGUCAUGUGUUUACUGGUGAAAAAGUUGCCGUCAAAGUUAUCGAUAAAACUAAACUAGACGAAAUAUCACGUGCCCAUCUGUUUCAAGAAGUGAGAUGCAUGAAAUUGGUACAGCAUCCAAAUGUCGUUAGAUUAUAUGAGGUAAUAGACACGCAGACAAAGCUCUAUCUUAUACUCGAAUUGGGUGAUGGAGGCGAUCUCUAUGAUUACAUUAUGCGGCAUGACAGUGGAUUGAGCGAAGAGGUUGCAAGGACGUAUUUCAGGCAAAUAGUUAGGGCCAUCUCUUACUGCCACAGACUCCACGUUGUGCACAGAGAUUUGAAGCCUGAGAAUGUUGUGUUUUUUGAAAAACUCGGAAUGGUGAAGCUUACGGAUUUUGGGUUCAGUAAUAGAUUUUGCCCGGGGCAAAAGCUGGAGACAUCUUGCGGCUCUUUGGCUUAUUCAGCACCAGAAAUUCUCCUCGGAGAUAGUUAUGACGCUCCUGCUGUUGAUGUAUGGUCUCUUGGUGUUAUAUUAUACAUGUUGGUUUGCGGUCAAGCUCCGUUUCAAGAAGCAAACGAUAGUGAAACCCUCACCAUGAUUAUGGAUUGCAAAUAUUCAAUUCCAACACACGUCUCUGAUGGGUGUAAGCAACUGAUAGCAAGAAUGCUUGUCAGACAGCCAGAGCGGCGUGCUACCCUCGAGGAAAUAGCAUCCAAUCCCUGGCUUGUUUCAGGGUCAGAUUCUGACCCUAUAGAAUCGUUGCCCCUUGUAUCAAGGCAACAAGUUUCAGAGGAACACCAUAAUCUCAUUAUUACCAAAAUGGUUAAUGGAAACAUUGCUACCAAAGAAGAAAUACUUGAUGCACUAGAUAAGAAUGAAUACAAUCAUAUCACUGCGACAUAUUUCCUGCUGGCGGAAAGGAAGCUUCGUGCCCACAGGCAAGAGCAAGUACAAAAAAAUGGUUCCGAAGUACUUAACAUCUCGUCCAGCAAGCAAAAUGUGCUCGCUCCAAGUAAUGCAGAAGUCGAUCAGAAUGCAUUGAGCAAUUUAAAUGAAUCAGUCCGAAGUAUUCCACGAACAGCUGGCGACGUACCACAGAGUUUUCGAACAAGAAAAUGCAGUAUUGUCCAAGAGGAGGAUGACGAGGACGAUAUGUCUUCCUGCUCAGGUCGAGAUGAUCAUGGUAGUAACUCGACGCAAAGUUCGGUUAGCAGAAGAGGAUCGAGGUCAGAGGGAAAAUUGUCACACGUUAUUCAGGAGAAACUUUCUCAAAAUCUGGAGAAGCAUUCCAUCCACAACAGUCACAUACAUACUCACUCUCACCACACGCACGAUCCAAUAACAAUACCUGUGUGCAAUAAAACAACAAUAACCAGUUCGCGGGAUGAUUGUGAUAAGUUCAUUAAGGACAGCAAUAAAUCUGGGUAUAAAUCAUCAGUCAAAAUUGCUGCCAGCGGCGGAGAUGUUGAAAAUUUAUCUGAAGCAAUGAAGGCUAACCUGUUUGACGCCAACUUCAGAAAUAAUCUCGACAAUUCCGGACACGAAGUAGCCUCAGAGGACUGGAUACAAAAACCUGCGAAUAUAGACAGGCGCCCUAAGUCUGUAACUGAUUAUUUAAAAUCAACCCCCUGUAACAAGUGGCGAAUGGGAACCAAGCACCAAACCUCUUUGCAGUCUCCGGAGAGAAUAAAACCCAGCGUAGAUACUUCAGCUCCAGUAACUGCUACAAUUCUUACAGUAUCAUCAACUGUUCCAAUUCCCUUAAAGACAGCCACAAUUACAGGUAAUAGUCAAUUGUUGCCAAGCUUUAAAUCCUUGCCAGCACCACACAGUGUAACACUUCCAGAAUUGUCUUUCAACGAGAUUCUCGAGGAUCAGGAUAUGGCCUCUAUAGACUGGGCAAGAGACCGUAUCGUUAGACGGACGAGCUACGAACAAAGGCGAAGUAAAUUUCACAAAACUCGCACGGCGUCUUGUUCAAGUUCCGAUGCCAGCGAUGACGACAGCGAAGGGAGAAAAAAGAGAGCCCACAAACUGGGGACUUCAGGAAAACCGCUACCACCACGAAGGGAUAGUCAUGACGAUUCAAGCGAUUCUCAGGACCCAGGCGGCAGCGAAGGAGGAGGAGGUAGCGGAAACACAACUGGACAUGGAAGCGCUUUAUCCGACAACAGAGAGUGCCCUCAGAGUUCAUCGAGCACGGAAGAUAACAAGAAUAAUAGUGGGACCAACAAUGGUACAGAGGGAAGUAAACGGUGUACUAUAAACAGGGCGACUGUUUUUGAAAGACGGCACAGAACUGGUAGACGAAGGUCUGGUGAAACGCGAUUAAGAGAGAGCCAAUCUUUGAAUCGCAUUACUGAAGUUCAAGAAGCCGAGGGUCCUUGUCAUAUACAUAAUUCUAGCAUUGUUGUCACUCAGCAUACUUCAAGCUCUUUGUCGACUAAUGUUAAACAGAAGGCGAAGGGGUUUGGUGGGAGAUUACUUCACAGCUGGUCACUUACCACUAAUAGUAUGAACAGCAACAGCAGUAGCAGUAGUAGUAGUAGUGGUAGUGGUAGUGGUAGUGGUAGUGGUAGUGGUAGUGGUAGUGGUAGUAGUAGUAGUAAUAAUAAUAGUGGUAGUAGUAGUAGUAGUUGGUAUAGUAGUAGUAAUAGUUGUACUAGUAGUAGUACUAGUAGAAAAUCUAUAAUCUUAGAAGUGAAGGAAAAGAUGAUGAAACCACAACAACAACAUUCAAAAGAUGACAAAACCGUAAAUCAUUAUCAGUCUGAGAAAUCCCAAUGUAAAAAUUUAGUAUUUGUUGAAGCUUUUAGUAAUAGUAAACUUGAUGAGUCAGUUGACAUAAGUGACAAAGAAACAAUUAAUUCAGAAAGUCAUCACCAUUUGGUAAAAUCAUUGAAGUUACAAAGCAAGAGAGUAUUUUCGUCUAAUAAUAAAACGCCAAACAAUAACGAAAAUAAUGAUAAUCAUGCUACGGCUGCUAUUACAAGGAGUAAUUGCAAAAAUAAAAAGCUCCAUUUGCUUAGCCGUUACUUUGCCAUUCACAAAAAAUUAUGCAUUCCGUUACCCUCGAUAUUCGGCAAAGGACGCUUAUACAAGACUCAAUCUUGUGGCAGCAUUACGAGAGAUAAAAUAUCUGCUGCGUCUCCUAAAUCUGUACUACUUUACCGUCACGGUACAUGUUGGAGGGAACAGCGACACUGGUGCGACAACAAUCAUCGGUAUCGAGGCAGUGACGGUGACAUUAAUCAGAACUUGGAUAUCACCCAUCAAUUGGUUAAUACAAUGGGUCAAGAGUGUUCGGCCCCUGCAACUUGUCACAUUCACUUUGGUGAUACAUCUAAGUGCUGCAGUCUUUGUUGACUAUUGAAACACUGUUAAUAUAAGCAUAUAUACAUCUCUAUAUGUACUCAUGCGCGUGUGGACAUGUGUGUGUACAUAUGUCUUUUAAAACACAAAUUUACACCUAGUUCACUGAACUUUUGGAUUAUUAUUCAAAUA